GAGCUCUGGGGCUAGAUCGAGCGGAGGAGGGCAGCGGCCGGUGGCCGGGUGCUGCAGGGAGAGUCCGCGGGUUUGCGCUAGCGCCGAGCAGCCGCCAGCAGCCACACAGGUACCCCGGGAGCCGGCGGCGGCGUGUGCGUGUGGCCCGUGUGCGGGCGGCAGCGCGGGAGGAGCGCGGAGCGGCAGCCGGUUCGGGCGGGUGGCAUCAUGGACGAGAAGGUGUUCACCAAGGAGCUGGACCAGUGGAUCGAGCAGCUGAACGAGUGCAAGCAGCUGUCCGAGUCCCAGGUCAAGAGCCUCUGCGAGAAGGCUAAAGAAAUCCUGACAAAAGAAUCCAAUGUGCAGGAGGUUCGAUGUCCAGUCACCGUCUGUGGAGAUGUACAUGGGCAAUUUCAUGAUCUCAUGGAACUGUUUAGAAUUGGUGGCAAAUCACCAGAUACAAACUACUUGUUUAUGGGAGAUUAUGUUGACAGAGGAUAUUAUUCAGUUGAAACAGUUACUCUGCUUGUAGCUCUUAAGGUUCGUUACCGUGAGCGCAUCACCAUUCUUCGAGGAAAUCAUGAGAGCAGACAGAUCACACAAGUAUAUGGUUUCUAUGAUGAGUGUUUAAGGAAAUACGGAAAUGCAAAUGUUUGGAAAUAUUUUACAGAUCUUUUUGACUAUCUUCCUCUCACUGCCUUGGUGGAUGGGCAGAUAUUCUGUCUACAUGGUGGCCUCUCACCAUCCAUAGAUACACUGGAUCACAUCAGAGCACUUGAUCGCCUACAAGAAGUUCCUCAUGAGGGUCCAAUGUGUGACUUGCUGUGGUCAGAUCCAGAUGAUCGUGGUGGUUGGGGUAUAUCUCCUCGAGGAGCUGGUUACACCUUUGGGCAAGACAUUUCUGAAACAUUUAAUCAUGCCAAUGGCCUCACAUUGGUGUCCAGAGCUCACCAGCUGGUGAUGGAGGGAUAUAACUGGUGCCACGACCGAAAUGUAGUAACGAUUUUCAGUGCUCCAAACUAUUGUUAUCGUUGUGGUAAUCAAGCUGCAAUCAUGGAACUUGAUGAUACUCUAAAAUACUCUUUCUUGCAAUUCGACCCAGCACCUCGCAGAGGCGAGCCACAUGUUACUCGUCGUACCCCAGACUACUUCCUGUAAUGAAAUUUUAAACUUGUACAGUAUUGCCAUGAACCAUAAAUUGACCUAAUGGAAAUGGGAAGAGCAACAGUAACUCCAAAGUGUCAGAGAAUAGUUAACAUUCAAAAAAAAAACUUGUUUUCACACGGACCAAAAGAUGUGCCAUAUAAAAAUACAAAGCCUCUUGUCAUCAACAGCCGUGACCACUUUAGAAUGAACCAGUUCAUUGCAUGCUGAAGCGACAUUGUUGGUCAAGAAACCAGUUUCUGGCAUAGCGCUAUUUGUAGUUACUUUUGCUUUCUCUGAGAGACUGCAGAUAAUAAGAUGUAAACAUUAACACCUCGUGAAUACAAUUUAACUUCCACUUAGCUAUAGCUUUACUCAGCAUGACUGUAGAUAAGGAUAGCAGCAAACAAUCAUUGGAGCUUAAUGAACAUUUUUAAAAAUAAGUACCAAGGCCUCCCCUCUACUCGUGAGUUUUGAAAUCGUUUUGUUUAUUUUCAGGGAUACCGUUUAAUUUAAUUGUAUGAUUUGUCUGCACUCAGUUUAUUUCCCUUCUCAAAUCUCAGCCUCAUGUUGUUCUUUGUUAUUGUCAGAACCUGGUGAGUUGUUUUGAACAGAACUGUUUUUCCCCCUCCUAUAAGACGAUGUUACUGCACAAGAGCACUGCAGUGUUUUUCAUAAUAAACUUGUGAACUAAGAA